AUGGAAGUGAAGCGUUUAGAUAAUAAUGUAACGGCCAAUCUUCGAAGCGGCUAUAGUGUUAAUAAUGUAUCACGAUGCGUUAACGAAUUGGUUUUAAAUUCAUUGGACGCAAAUUCAACACACAUCACAGUACGCGUGAACUUGACAACAUUCCGCAUUCAAGUCGUCGACGAUGGCGAAGGCAUUACAAAAACAAAUUUGGAACAUGUUGGCAAACGCUACUAUACCAACAAAUGCAACUCAACGCACGACUUAGAAAAAGUUCGCAAACAAUUCGGUUUCAAGGGCGAGGCACUUUCCUCAAUUGCUAACAAUGCGAAAAUAAUAAAAAUCACAUCCCGAGCAUGGGACACUACCGAUAGCCAAACUUUAAUGCAAACUUUUGACAAAACCAUCGAGGGAAACCGGCACACAAUAAUGGAAACAGCGCAACGUGCCAGUGGCGGAACAACCGUCACCGUUCAGGAGUUUUUAUACAAUUUACCCGUGCGACAGAAACGAACAAAGAAUUUAGAAUUCAACGAAAUCAAAGAAAAUCUCCAAAAACUAUUUUUACUACAUCCAAAUAUAACAUUUUCAUUACGUGAUGAUUCAACAAAAAAGAUCCUAUUUAGUUCCACACCCGUUGAAACUGUUGAAUCUGCUUUACAACAACAAAUUGAUAACUUGGAUGAAAAACUCAUCAAGUAUUAUUCAAUUACCAGAGGGCGCAUGAUUGUAAAAAUUCUGCUUUAUUUAAAGCAGUAUGAGAAUAGCAAGUGGCAAAUGUUUUUCGUCAACAAAUUACACGUAAAAUCGGCACAGCUUACGAGUCACGUGAAUGAUAUCUUAUCAAAGAGUGCUUUGUGCAACAAGAAAACUAGAAACAAUUGGAGUACUUCCAGUGGUGGUAAUUAUAUGUAUUUGUUUAAUAUCACAUGCCCAAAUUCAAAAUACCAUAUAAUUAAUUACAACGAUGUGGAGUUUAAAAAUUUAGAAACAAUAUACAAAGUGAUUGAGAGGCAGUUGCGCAAAAUAUUCAAAACAGAAAAUAUUUGGAUAGCAGAACCAGAAAAGAAGAAGAAAAUUGAAUGUAAUUUAGAGAGGCGUAUUCAUUUGUCUGGAUUUCCAGGAGCUUUCAAAGCUACGGCCGUACGAAAACCGGGCGAAGAAAUUGAAGACGAAGAAGACGAAGAAAAUUUUGUAUAUAAUCCAGAUUUUAAAGUAAAUUGUCAAACUGAACAACGUGUUGAAACUAAAUCUGCUUCAAGUGUGGAGGAGCCUUUGAAGCUGACAUAUUCAUCAUCUUCUUAUCCUGAUUUACUAAAACCUCCUUACCAAAAAGAUAAAGAAGUUUUUCCAAGUACAAACUAUUCCCGUUGUCAAGAUAACAAUCAAGGAACAAUUAAAAUGAAUGUACAAGAACCUUUUGAAACUACUUCAACGAUAGGAAGAAAUUAUGUUCUAAAUAAAUUUUUACAGGACAAUAACUACAAUCCAAAGAUAUGUCCUCCAAAUGAUAAAUUUGAUGAUCCACAUAGAAAAGAAAGAGAAUAUUUAAAAGAACUGCAAAUGAGGGAAGCUUGGAUUUUGAAAAAAGAAAAAGAGCUACAAAUCGCACUUGAAAAAGCGCAAGCAAUAGAAAUGGAAAGAAAACGAGAUAUUCCUUAUUUAAACCCGAAUGACAAUAUGAAAAAGUAUCAUUAUGAAAGCAAUCGGAAUGAUGUUGCAUUAGCGCAUUAUUAUCGUUAUAAACAUGAGCGGAAACGUCGACAAGAAAAACGAUCUUAUGACAUGAAACCUACAAAAAAGAUAAACCCUCAAAUUACCGAAACGGUGAGCAACGAAACAAAACGUGAAUUUCACGCGGCGGUUUGUGAAUGUUACCGCGAUGAUGACUUAGAUUUGGCGCACGUCAAAUGGAAGAAGCAUUAUUUGCAAAAUACAGAUUACGUAGAAUUUUUUAAACGAAUCUAUGACAAACGAUUCAUCAUCGAAACGCAAGAAUUGCAAUUACCGAAAAUUAGGCAAGCGUCGAGUUCGCUUAAUCCGGUGGCAUUUACAAAGGACAUGUUUCAUCAGCUGGACGUGCUGAGACAAUACGAUUGUAAAUUUAUCGUCACCGUGUGGAAACCGAAGGCGAUGAUUGUCAUUUUCGAUCAGCACGCUGUGCAUGAACGCGUGCGACUCGAACAACUCAUGAAAAAAUAUAUUAACAUUCAUAAAGGGUACUUUGAAGAAAAUAUCCAAUUAACAACAACUAAACUGAAACCAUUCGAAGUCGCAGGCAGCCGCAACACAAUUGAGACGUGUCUAAAGUAUAUGGACGUGUUUAAAAAGUUUGGUCUAGAUUAUUCGCGUGCUAAUGAGGAUACACUGAUUGUGAAUUCUGUGCCGGAAUGUUUGUAUAAUAAGGCGCUGAGGGAGAACGCCAGACGCAAGGAGAAACUUGCCGAAUUAACAAAAUUGAUGCUGUACGAAAUUGUGAAUUCGAUUGUGGACGCUGUUUGUUUCAAUCAAUGGAUGCCGCCGAUGGUGACUAAUUUAAUUAAUUCGGAAGCUUGCCGCGGUGCCGUGAUGUUUGGCGAUGUGCUAAGCACAGAGGAAUGCGGUAAAUUAAUUACGGAUUUGGCUUUGUGUGAUUUGCCAUUUCAAUGUGCGCAUGGCAGACCGACUUGUGCGCCUCUUUUUGAGCUAACAAGAUUUGCAGAAGCUAAGAAACGCAUUAAUCUUACUUCUUUAAAAUAUUUACGAAAUGGAAGAAAAUAA